AUGGGAAACAACAACAACAAUAAUAUCAGUACUAAGAACCAAACCUCAUCAAAAUACUGGAGAUGUUUGGUCUUUUCCAUCUUCCUGAAUUUUGCCUUCUUUGGGUACAACCUUUACUUCUCCGUCGUCGACGACAGAGGGCUGAGCUGGAGCAGGGGAGCGGCAGAGGAAGCAGAGGCGGUGGCUGCCAUCUCCUGCUCCGGCCACGGCAGGGCUUACUUGGAUGGCGUCAUCUCCGGCGGCGGCGGCUUGCCGGUUUGUGAGUGCAACACUUGCUAUGGCGGCAGCGAUUGUUCUCAGUUUUCCCCUUCUUGCUCUGCCGACGCUGAUGGCGGCAAUCCCCUGUUUCUGGAGCCGUUCUGGAGGAAACGCGCCGCCGCGAGCGCCCUCGUGGUCUCCGGCUGGCACCGGAUGGGCUACUCCUUCCCCGACGGCACCUCCAUAUCGCCGGAGCUCGAGCGCCAUGUCCGCCGGCUCCACGCCGCCGUCGGAAACGCCGUCACCGAGGGCAGGUUCAUCGUCUUCGGGGCCGGAUCCACCCAGCUCCUCAACGCCGCCGUCCACGCCCUCUCCCCCGACGUCCCAUCCACCGCCUCCACCGGCGGCGGCGGCGGCGGGAUCCCCGCCGGCGUGGUGGCCACCGCCCCGUUCUACCCGAUCUACGAGCUGCAGACGGAGUACUUCGCGUCGGUGGAUUUCCAGUACCAGGGGGACACGUCGCUCUGGGUCGCCGGCGGCGGGAACAGUACGUCGGAGGAGAAGAAUGUUCCCGACGGGAAGACGAUCAUUGAAUUUGUGACGUCGCCGAAUAAUCCGGACGGGAAGUUGAACGAGGCGGUUCUUAAGGGCCCGAAUUUCAAGGCGAUUUACGACCGGGCUUACUUCUGGCCGCAUUUCACUCCGAUUCCGGCGGCGGACGACGGGGAGCUCAAGAUCUUCACACUGUCCAAGCUCACCGGCCACGCCGGCUCCCGAUUUGGAUGGGCUAUCGUGAAAGACGAGAAGGUGUACAACAAAAUGUUGAUGUACAUGCAGCUGAACACCAUGGGAGUUUCGCGGGACACCCAGCUCCGAGCUCUCAAGCUUCUGAAAACCGUCAUGGCGGAAGGCGGCGGGCGGACCAUCUUCGAUUUCGGCUACCAGACCAUGAAGGCCAGGUGGGAGAAACUGAGGACCGUCGUUUCGAGGUCGAAACGUUUCUCCCUCCAGGACGUUUCCUCCCACUACUGCGUUUUCUCCGGCCGAGUCAGAGAAUCCUCCCCAGCGUACGGAUGGUUGAAGUGCGAAAGAGAGGAAGAGAGCGAUUGCUAUGGAGUGCUUAAGGCCGCCGGAAUCAUUGGCCGGGGAGGAUCCGUGUUCUAUGCCACAGAUCGAAACGUGAGGCUUAGCCUGAUCAAAACUCGGGACGAUUUCGAUUUGCUCGUCGACAAGCUUCAGAAGUUGAUCUCUGCAGAACAAGAAGAAGAAGAAGAAGGAGGUGAUGGCAAUGGCAUUGAACAGCACGUUGCCAAUGUGACUGAAUACCAGUCACUUCGAAGAAGAAUGUGA